UCUACUUAUACAUCGUUUUCGAGCUGGAAUAAUUUCGCGCUAGUUACUGUUUAAUUCUAUUCUGAUUACGCACAAUUUCAUAGUUACUGACAUUUGUUUAAAAGUUUAAGCUUAAGUAAUGAAAUUUCGCAAUAUUUAGCGAUUGAAUGUUUUACAGGUUAUGUUAGUGCGGCUUCAAUUCUAGUGCUUCACCAUAAGAACCGUAUAGUUGUAAGCGGUAACUAACUAAAUCAAAAUGAGUCAACUGGAACGAUCAUUACUGCUGCUGGAUGAAUCGGCUGUUAAAUCUAGACGUGGUUUGCUUCGAACGUUAAAACCCGACGAAUCGGAUUUCGAUAUGUCGCUUACGGUUGGACCCCAAGAGAUUCGAAGCUUCAUGCUAGAUCAGUCGCAUCAUGUGCAUAAUAUUUCGGAUAGUCGGCUGAGUUUGGCUGGAAGUCAGAUCAGUGUGGGUGGAGCGAAUGUACGUUCCCGAACGGAUGCACUUUUCGGGCAGUUUUUAGAAGUAUUACAGCGAAGAACCAGCGAAGCAGAAGUCUUCGAAACCGUACAGGAUUUGAUAGAAACACUGGAAGAAACACUGGCCGGAAUUGAAAAAGUCACAACACAGGCGGCUGGUAUCGGUAGGGAAAGGAAGAUUCUGGCCGAAGAGUCGUGGUUGAAUGUGGAACGAGACACUUGGAAGCUGCUGUUUGCACUAUACAAAGAUCGCCUGUUGGUUCAGAAGGAGGAUAUGGAGAUGGAUGAUUUGCCAUUGGUAAAUAGUGAACGAGCAAUUGUGGAACACUUGUACGCGGCGAAUGCCAAUUUGCGUGAAUAUCAGCUGAUUGUUGAUUGGCUAGAGCAGACUGCACUGGAGCAGAAUCGGAUGCAAAUCGGUCAUUUUACAGAUCGAACAAUCGCUUGGGAGAACAGUUUGCAUCAACUGCAGAAUGUUGGUGUUACUGCUUUCGGUAGUUCACGGGAAAUCGUCCGCAGUUUGGAUCCGGACGCACCGGUUCGAGAACGACGUCCUCUGCAUGAUUUAGACGUCGAAGAUCAAGCUCGACUGUCGCGACAGAUAUUCCAAGAGAUUAGGUUUGGUAGAAUCGAGGAAGCGCAGAAUCUCUGCGAACACUGCGGUCAACCGUGGCGUGCGGCCAUUUUGGAAGGGUGGCGUUUGCAUCAUGAUCCAAAUUAUGAACCGACUGCAGCUGCCUCGGGAGGACCACUAGCUCUCGGAAUGAAACAGUCCAUCGAAGGAAACCCUCGUAGGGAUUUGUGGAAAAAGUUAGCCUGGAAAAUGGCAGAGAGCCGAGCUAUUGAUGAGUUUACCCGGGCCACUGUGGGAGCGUUUUGUGGUCAUCUGGAUUCACUUCUAGCCGUUCUGGGAGAACACAGUUGGGCUGAUGUGUUGUGGGCCUAUCUGAAGGUGCAAAUUGAUAUUCGCGUGGAAAGUGAAAUUCGUUCGCAUUGUGUCAAGAGUUACUUACCGAUGCCGGAAAAGUACUGGAACAGUAAAAUGACACUGGAGCAGAUCUUUGAGGAGCUAGAAGCUCACAAAAAUGGUCGCAUUAAAACCACCGCCCGGGAUGUAGAUCGUGUAAUUCAGAAGUAUCUGAUUCUCGAUGACAUCCCGGAGUUGAUGCGUCAAUUUGAUGGAUGGUUGUCGGAUGCAUCAUUUCCGCUAACAACUCAAAUGACUCGUUUCCUGGCACAUCUGGUGCUGUUUGUCAGACAGAUUGGCAAACAAUGUCAGGAGGACAUUGGCGAUAAGGUCAUCAAGAGAUACGUGGAGUGUUUGAUCAAACAUGGCGAUCCUCAGUUGGUGGCAUUCUACACGGCUGCCUUGCCGGCUGAUUUGCAGCUACUGAUGUAUUCCAAUUUCCUGGAAGUGGUCAACGAAACGCAGGCUCGUAGACGGGCGCUAGAGGAAGCGUACAACUUCGGGUUGGAUGUACCGGCCAUUACGGUUUACACAGUGGAAAAAAUUCGAAACCGAGAAGAUGAAUCAGAUGCAAAACCUCAAGAAGGUGAUAUCAUUCCGUUGGAUCAGGCAAAAAUUUCAUCACUGGAAUGGCUCAUCUUCUAUCCGGAUCAGCGGGGCGAGUUGUUGUGGCAAACGAAUGCUUUGGUGCGAGCGUUUCUGGCCAAAAGAAAUGUUGAAGCUGCUCGCAAAGCCUUUGCCGUCGUUCCGGCGGAUACCAUUCAACAAAUUAUCAAUAACUACGGCUCGAAAGAUGAUCUGCCACAUAAAGAGGAAGCCUGCAUCAAGGAGUACCUGUGCCAUCAGACUUAUCUUGCGGCAAUCGACGGCUACAACGAUUGGGUGCAGUAUUUCUACAACAUGAAACCGAAACCACCGCAGGUGGUUAAAUCGAGCAAUUUUACAGAGCGGGUGGCUUCUGAGCACCGUGAGCAAACGUAUCGCUUGGACUUGGAACGCUGGUAUGCACAGCUACAGGAACAGACCAGUUUGACGCGGGAUUUGCUGUACAACAUUUUGCUGUUUCCCGAAAAAGGUUGGCUCAUUGAUCCGGACAAUGGAGGAAAGGAUAGUGAGGAUCUGAACGACGAAGAGUGGCGUCAUCGAGCGAUUCAGAUGGAUAAUUUGCGAAAACUUUGCAUUCCGGAUGUGGUCCUGUUGUUACAUCAAAUAUUUACGCAGUCUGGAAGGUUCAGCGAAUGCUUACAGUUGGCCGACGUGAUCAGUUCGGAGCAACGGCAACUUUACACCGUCUACUCGAAACAUAAACUAGCGGAAGUGAUGACAAAGAUUGCCGAAUCCUCGCUGGCCCUGAUGAACGAGAAGCUGGACCCAUUCGUGGGAGAUGAGGCGAAGAAAAAAUAAGCGAUCGGAUUUCAAUAUGAAGCUAAAUGGUAAUAGUUUACUAAUAAAUUUUUGAUGUUCUUA